AUGAUUGAUAGUGUUGCUAACUUUGCACUGGACAAUUUGUCACGGCUGCUUGUUAGUGAAGUGACUUUGCUUUCUAGCGUAAAAGAUCAAAUCAGGUCCCUAAAUGAUGAACUGAAGUUCAUGAACAUCUUUAUCAAGAGUUCUGAAGGAAAACGUGAGGAUCCAUUUGUGAAAGAAGUGGUGAACCAAAUCAGAAAUGUAGCAUACCAAGCUGAAGAUGUAGUAGACACCUAUGUCGUCAAUGUCAACAAUCAAAGAAGCAGAAACAUGUUGGGGAAGUUCUUCCACAGCAAAGACCAUGUGAUGAUGUUCCAUGAGUCUAAAUAUGGCAUCCAACAAGGUGAUUUUGAAAGUCAUAAUGGAAACAAAGAAUUUGCAAAAGACUCAUUGAUUGCGAGAAGGAAGGAUGUGGAAGAAGAGGAGAUAGUAGGCUUGGUGCAUGACUCUGAUGAGGUGAUUAACCACCUCGCCAGAAGAGGAGAUUCGAGUCGUAGAGUUAUUUGCAUAUUAGGCAUGGGUGGCUUGGGAAAGACCACUCUUGCUCGAAAGAUCUACAACAACAAGAAGAUCAAGAGCAUAUUCCCGUGUCAUGUGUGGGGUUUUGUGUCCAACGAUUACAGAGCACAAGAAUUACUACUGAGCCUUUUGAAGCUUUUGGGGUUAUCCUCAGAGGAGUGUAAAGAUUUAACUGAUAAAGAGAAAAUGAAAAGAAAAGUCAGAGAAUGCAUGAGUGGAAAGAAAUACCUGGUAGUCCUAGACGAUAUCUGGAAUAUUCAAGUGUGGGACGAGUUGCAAGAAGUCUUUCCUGAUGAAAACAAUGGUAGCAGAAUAUUGAUAACCACACGUAUUGCAGAUAUCUCUCAUUAUACAAGAGCAACCUUCACCUAUAGACUUCCAUUUCUUGACGAAAGUCAAAGUUGGGAAUUAUUCUGUAAAAAGGUGUUUGGUAAAGAAAAAUGUCCUCAUGAACUUGAACUUCCUGGAAAAGAAAUGGCUAACGCUUGUAAAGGUUUGCCACUUGCCAUCAUUGUGUUAGCCGGUAUGGUUGCCAAAAAAGAGAGGUCACCAAGAGAAUGGCUUAAAAUCAAGAAUCAUGUUUCUUGGUAUCUUGUUCAGGAGGAAGAAUAUCGAAUUGAGACCAAUAUUCUGAAGCUUAGCUAUGAUGACCUUCCUCAAACAUUAAAGCCAUGCUUUCUUUAUUUGGGAGUGUAUCCUGAAGAUUAUGAAAUCAAUGUGAGAAGAUUGUGUCAACUGUGGAUAGCUGAAGGGUUCAUUCAGAGAAAAGAAGUUGGACCAUCAAAUUCACCAGAAGUAGAAGAUAUUGCUGACAUGUAUUUAGAUAAGCUGGUGGAACGGAGCUUGGUGCAAGUGGCAAGUAGGAGGACUGAUGGGGGUGUGAAGACAUGUCGAGUUCAUGAUCUUCUUCGUGACCUAUGCAUUUCAGAAAGUAGGGAAAAUAAAUUUAUGGAAGUGUGCACAAAUUUGGAUGCUAUUAAGUGUAAUUCUCGUAGGAUGUCUCUCCAGUAUAGAGGAGAACUGAGGCUAACCGAAGAUACCCAAUCAUCUGCACGCUCUCUGCUUCUGUUUGGUGAAAGCACUUUCUGGGAGAAUGAAUCAGAAGGGUGGAAACAGAUAAAGAAUGGCUUCAAGUUGGCUCGUGUAUUGGACAUGAACCAAGUGAGGCUAUGUUUAUCACCUCGUGGAUUGACGACAUUGAUCCAUCUAAGGUUUUUGAAAGUUACAGCAUCUUCUAGAAGAAUUGGAGAUGAUGUUUUAGCUUCUAUAUGCAACCUUUGGAAUCUAGAAACGCUAUACUUAUGGAUUAAAGACUCUAUUACUCUACCAAACAAAAUAUGGAAACUCAAGUCACUCAGGCAUGUGUAUUUAAACUGUGAUGAUAUAUUUAGAGAAAUGACUCAAGUAGAAUCAAUAAUGCAGAGGAUGAAAAUGGAAGAAGCGUCGAAGAUAUUUAAAGGAUGGUCUGGAGGAGCAUCAAUGUCGAAGAUGAAAAUUGGAGAAACAAAGGUGGAGAAUCUUCAAACACUGCAUAACAUCUGUCUUAAUGCAAGAACAGCAAGCGUCCUAAAAAAGGGCAUGUUCCCCAACUUGACAAAAUUAACUUUGCGUGGAGAGGUGACAGAGCUGCCAGAGGCACCAGAAAAAGAAUUCUUAGAGAACAGUUUGUGGUGCCUAAACAAACUCCGAACGCUAAAGCUACUUGGCAUUUCGAAGCUUCCAUUAGAUCGGGAUGCGUAUCCUACAAGUCUUACCAAGAUUACCAUAUCCUUUGGUCAACUGGAUGCAAGAAUAAUAAAGACCCUGGGACAGCUUGCCAACCUGCAAAUCUUGAAACUCGGUGGCAGAGGCAUAUAUGGCGAUGUUGAUUGCGUAGCUGGUGACUUCCCACAGCUUCGAGUACUACAGGUGUGGGGCUGA